CACCGAUAGCAGCUCGACGACUGCUUGCACGGAGCGCCCUUACACAUUACAAUCGACAUACAGCAGCAUGGCAGUGCCAUUGAAAGUUAGAAAUGAAAUACUAGUAGUGAACCUUAUUUGUGAGUCGCACCACCAUGUGUAUCACCUUGCAAUUGCUUGGUGACCCUCACAAACGCAAAACAGGUUCACUUUGCUUACUAGCCGCGUGUUAAUUACACGGGACGCGACAUAGUUAUAUUUUUGAACGGAGCUACAAUCUCUUGUCAUCCACCCAUAUAACAGUCGAGUAAACACACUCGCCAAGUCCACCAGCUCUUCUGUUGCUAAUCCGCAUCUCAUUCAGUCAAGCAACUACUAUUGACCACUCUCUGCGCUUACAAUGAACUUCAAAUCUCUUGCCUUACUCCUCACUGCCGCUGCAGUCCCUCAGGUCGUAGUCGCAGGUCCACUUGCCUAUGGCAUUUGUCAGACAGGAUGCAAUGGCUUGGCUGUCGCUUGCUACGCCGGUGCCGGGUUUACAUUUGGAGUCGCACUCCCUGCAGUACCCCCUGCGUUGAUGGCAUGCAAUGUGGGCCUUGGGGGGUGUAUGGCAGCUUGUGCCGCGAUUGCGCUUGCACCCACUCUUGAGUGAGUGCAAUCGUGAAUCUGACGGCGAGAACCCAUAGGCCCCCUCUUGCGUGAUGACAACAGCUUCCUUGUUGUAGCAUGCCAAUGCGACGCAGGUUUAGCGGUGUACAGCACCAGAUAUAUAACCAUGGACUAUUAUGUAUCUUGUUCUCGUUUUAAGUCGACUUUCCUUUUCUCACAGUCGGUUGUACGCAUUCGAGAGUUUAUGUCCCGUCGUUUCUAUCUCGCGCUAGCUACGGACUCACUGUGGCUAGACUUUUCUUCUUCUUCUCAUGGUUACUGCUACCUUUUUGAUUCGUGUUCAAACCUUGGCAGAUAAUUACAGAUGCUCAUGCGGUUGUUUGGCAAUGGCUUUGGAUCUAGACAUGCUCAUAAUCGACGGCCUUCCUCGUUUCCAAUGGCAUUAAUUCUCACAUCAAGCGGCAGUUCCAACAGGUCACUAGUCACCUGUGGCUCAUCGAACCACGCGCUGAACAAUUUACGAUUGUUUGACCUUCGAAA